CUAUCUCAUUCUUAAUACUAUAGUGUCGUCCAUCGAGUGCGCAUAAAAUAUCGAUUAUAAAAAAGGAAUAUUUUAAAUCGAGUACCGAUUACGAGUGGUCGGGACAAGAUAGCAAUUAACACAAGUCACUUGGCAAUCGCACGCGGGCAGGAGAAACAAGUGUAUGCAGUGAGAGUGAUAUAAAUCAUAUUAAUAUUAAUAUAAGGAAAAUAGUAAUAUGAAGGCGAUUCUAUUCUUAGUACUGGCCGGUUGUAGUGCGGUGUUGUCGGUGCAACCAUGCUGUCCAAACAACGCGACAUUACUGCCGAAAGGGUUCUGCGGGACUGAGAGGAUGACGAAACUAAAUUGUACGCAUGGCCGAAUGGUACUUCGGGACAUCAUUCUGCAGGGCACCAAGGUUUCCACACAGGAUUCACCCAGCUUCGUAUUCGUUGAAGAUCCAAACCAGUAUUGUGUGGCUGAAAUGUACCGGAAUAACAGUGAUCCUUCGCUCGGCAUGGUACCCGUGGCCGUGGUGUGUUUCGAGGAGAUCUCCAAAACAAAUGAUAUAGAAACCAGUGGGAUUUUGACACUCAUAUCUGUUUUCUUCCUUGUUGCCACCAUCGCUGUUUACACGUACCUACCCCAAUUAAGGGAUUUACAAGGAUUAUGUUACAUGUGUAUGUGCAUCAGCAUGGCUUUGGGAUUCCUGUCACUUGGAGUGCUGCAGCUCAGCCCUGGCUUCAGAGGCCAGAUAUGUACUAUUACAGGAUUCCUCGUUUACACUUGGAUGAUGGCAACUUUCUUUUGGAUGAAUGUUAUUUGCAUCAACGUAUACCGUACAGUAUUAGACGCCACUUAUUUGAAAAAGACUGAGAGAAAACAAUAUUUCUACUAUAGUUGCUACGCGUGGGGUUGCACGAUUUUAUUCUUAACCGUCACCCUUAUCACAAACUUCGCUGAAGGAGACCACUGGAAGCCAGGUUUUGGAAACAACAGUUGCUGGUUCAAUGGUCGUACCGAAACUUGGAUCUUCUUCUACGGCCCGAUCGCAGUUCUCAUUACGGCUAACGUGAUCCUCUUUGCUCUAUCCUCGUUUACUUUACUGCGACACACCAGGAAAUACGAAGUCAACACUUUGAACUUCCUUAAACACAAGUUUCUGCUGUCACUGAAACUGUUCCUGGUGAUGGGCAUGUCAUGGAUCUUCGAAAUCGCCAGUUUCGCGCAUGGUGAAGCUCACAUUGUUUGGAAAAUCAUGGACACAUUCAACUGUCUCCAAGGAGUGAUCAUAUUCCUGCUUCUCGUGAUCCUAAGAAGGCGUGCAAUGCGGGGAAUAGCUAGUGAGAACAUCUGUACUUGGUGCAGUCGUCCUCUCGCCGAGAAACUAAGUCCUCACGACGAUUCCGAUGACCAGCACAUAUUAGCUGAUGACACCGUGGAGGUCAGAUUAAAUUAAAAAAGGUUCCAUAAUUUUAUAUUCUAUGUUACAUACGUAAAGAGGUUAAUUUAUUGAUAACUAGUCAAAUAGGAUCAUACAGCCAAUUCAAACUAUUAAGAAAAUAUUUUAUAUUUUUAUUGCAGUGUAAAGUUUUUCUUUCUACGUAAAAGACAUGUGUGUUCGAAGAAAAUGAUUCCAUUCAUAUUUUUAUUACGAAUUCUUCCCAGUUCUAUGUAAUCAAGUAGCAUUUCUUUUAUUUUCAUUCUAUUUUUAUUGUAUUUAAAUAAGUUAAGUUAAUUAAUAUGUAUAUCUAGAUUUUAAUAAUUUGAAAUUGUGAAAAUUUUGUACUUUUCAAUUACAAAGAAAUCUCUUUUAAUGUAAUAAUGUAAAACCUGCUGUAUUGCAAGUACUCCAUUAUGAAGAUCUGAUUUACAUUCUCGUAGUGGGUACUUUUAGUACCAAUAGUUAUGUGCCAUAGCAAAAGUGUAUUGUAAAGAAACUCAAUUAUUAAUGUUAUAUUUUUAAACAAUGUACUAGAAUUUACUCGAUGUAAAUACUACAUAAGAAUAUUAAUAAUUAAGAUUUUAAUAAUAAUAAGUUCCUAUAGAUCA